AUGACUAAGAGAGAGGCAGAGGAGCUGAUAGAAAUAGAAAUUGAUGGAACUGAGAAACAGGAAUGCACUGAAGAAAGCAUCAUUGAGCAAACCUACACCACAGCAGAAUUUGUGAGUCAAGCUAUUGACAUCAAUGAACCAAUUGGAAAUCUUAAGAAGUUGCUGGAACCCAGACUGCAGUGUUCCUUGGAUGCACAUGAAAUUUGCCUGCAAGAUAUCCAGCUGGACCCAGAUCGAAGCCUUUUUGAUCAAGGAGUUAAAACAGAUGGAACGGUGCAGCUCAGUGUGCAAGUAAUAUCUAGGCAAGGUAAGCAGUUAAGUUUGUCUGUUUUACAGACAAAUUAA